AUGGCAACGAGAACCAGCGCCUUUGUCAUUAGAGAAUUGGAAGAUCUUUUCGUGCCCAUGUUGCGACAUUGCGUCGACAUGGUGGGAUUGAAAAAAAUCCAAGCCCAAGUCGUGAAGUUAUCACUGUCACAGAGCAACUUCUUGCUCACAAAAAUGGUGGAUGUGUGUGACAACAACGGGAAUAUAGAGUAUGCUAGGUUGCUCUUCAAUCAAGUGGUUGAACCAAAUGGGUUUUUGUACAAUGCAAUGAUCCGAGCUUACACACACAAUCAUAAAUAUGGUGUAGCAAUCACUCUGUACCAGAAAAUGCUAAGACAUCGACAAGCUGAAAAUCCAAUUUUGCCUGACAAAUUCACAUUCCCAUUUGUGUUUAAGUGCUGUGCAGGGCUUUUGUAUCAUUUUCUAGGUCAGCAGGUCCAUGCUCAGCUAUGUAAGUUUGGGCCAAUGUCCCUUUUAAUAAUAGAGAAUGCACUAAUAGAUAUGUAUACUAAGUGUGGUAAUUUGAUAGAUGCACAUAAGGUGCUUGAGUGCAUGACUGAAAGAGAUGCCAUUUCUUGGAAUAGCCUACUUUCUGGGCAUGUCAGGGUGGGACAGAUGAGAAAGGCGAAGGCAAUGUUUGAGGAUAUGCCAAACAAGACUAUUGUCUCUUGGACGACGAUGAUAUCGGGUUAUGCUCGAAUUGGGUGCCAUGCGGAUGCAUUGAAUGUUUUUCACCAAAUGCAAGUGGUAGGUAUUGAACCUGAUGAGAUAAGUAUAGUCUCUGUUUUGCCGGCAUGCGCGCAGCUUGGAGCUCUUGAGAUUGGUAAAUGGAUACACAUGUACGCAGAUAAGAACAGGCUUUCUCGUAAGACUAAUAUCUGUAACGCCCUGAUUGAAAUGUACGCAAAAUGUGGUUGUAUUGAUCAGGCAUGGCAGUUGUUUGAGAAAAUGGUGGAUAGGGAUGUGAUAUCUUGGAGUACCAUGCUUGGGGGGCUAGCAAAUCACGGGAAAGCUCGCGAAGCAAUUAAGCUCUUUCAAGAUAUGCAGAGAGCAAAGGUACAACCGAAUGGUAUUACUUUUCUUGGUAUAUUAUCAACCUGCACCCAUGCUGGUUUGUGGGAUGAGGGAUUGAAGUAUUUCGAUUCCAUGAGAAAAUGCUACCAUAUAGAACCAGAGAUUGAACAUUAUGGUUGUUUAGUCGAUCUUCUUGGACGCUCAGGGCGCCUUGUUCAGGCUCUUGACACAAUAGAAAAGAUGCCAAUGAAGCCAGAUUCAAAGAUAUGGGGUUCUUUGUUGAGUUCUUGCAGGACACACUGCAAUCUUGAGAUUGCUAGUAUUGCUAUGGAGCACCUUCUUGAGUUUGAACCAGAUGACACAGGGAACUAUGUGUUGCUUUCCAAUAUUUAUGCAGAUCUUGGGAAGUGGGAAGGGGUGUCGAGGAUGAGGAAACUUAUAAGAAGCAAGAGCAUGAAGAAAAUGCCGGGAUGCAGCUCAAUCGAGGUUAACAACGUUGUUCACGAGUUCAUAUCGGGUGAUGAUUCGAAACCAUUUUCAAAAGAUAUUUUUAGGAUGUUAGAGCUGCUAGCAUUUCAUCAUGACAGAACCGAUGAUAUUAUAGAAGUUGCACGGGAAGACAUAAGUCGGCAAUUGUAUUAAGAUUAAUAGGAUGUGGUCUUGGUGAAAAUAAUUGUAGCAUAUUUUUUAAUGCCUCGAUCUCUACUUAACCCAUGCUUAGCAUCCGAAAAAUUGAAUGAACAAGAACUUGGAAGGAUUUCUAGCCAGAAGGCUACACUCCAACUCGAUGGCUAUAAACAGCAAAACAGAUACUCCCAUUUAGUGAAUUGUUGGGAUUCAUUUCUGGCGAGCCAUGCGUGUUGCAAGUGUAUCUUUUGUCGGGCACAAGGGAUGAAGUGCUGCAUCCGGGGAAAAUUGGUACUUUCCAAGUUCUGUUUAUAACGGAGAAUCCAUAUCUUGCUGCAGCACUGUCUCCAUAGUUAGAAGGAACCUUAGAGGUAAGGUGAUUAAAAUAUUAGAAGAAUAAAACUGUGCUGAAUCUGCUGAUCACAAACCCAGGCUAUCUGGCCAUGGAUAAACUGUAAGCUAACAUUCCAAUCACCAGUUAAAUUAUAACCAUUUUAAUUGUCGAUCUUCAAAAAUCAGUUGUCAUAAUAUAGUGAUUUUGAUCAUGUAUGAUUUCCUAAUGGCCUUAAAUGAACUGCAGAACCAAUAUGCAGGAUUUUUAAUUUCAGAUAUAAAAGGUCCAAGUCAA